AGUUCCCUCUGGCUGUAGGGCUGGAGGUUUUAAUGGUGGGCUCGCGCUCGGUGGCGGAUUAUGAGCGGACGCAGAAGGGGCAGAUUUGCGGGGGGUUUUAAUCGAUAUCGGUGCCGAAUGUAACUGAGGGAAGUUUGAGCCGACGGCGCUGACGGUUCUGAGGGAUAUCUAGGACGGGUUUUUGCUGGAGUAAAAAAAAAAACAAAAAAACAACCGUCUAUACACAGACACACACACAUAUAUAUGUGUAUGUGUGUGUUUUGGCGAGAGAAGGAAAGUGGAAACGGUCUGGAGAGAAGGAAAAGCGGUGGAAAAGACAGGAAAGAGGAAGAGGAAGACUGCAAAGACGGGAUUGUGAUAAAGUGGCCUCGACGCAUUGGACUGUACCAGCGGAGAUUGCAGAUUGUUUCUCUUUGCUAGCUAGCACUGGCUAGCUAGCAUAACUGACUAGCAUAUCUGACUGACCUGGUAGCUCACUCACUAACUAUCUGUCUGACUACCUAUCUAUCUCUCUUUCUAUCUGACUUCUCCACGGUGGAUCACUGGGUUACCGAGGUAUGGUUAGAAAGAGCUAGUUGAACCUAGCGUACCGGAAACCAGGAAUCAACUCGUACGUGGAGUCGGGAUCAGAGGUCUGAGGUGUGAAAAGAGCAGAACCAAGGGAUUUCCUUCUCCUUCCUUUUUUCUUUCCUUCCUGACUCCAGGCCUGCAAUCAUGGGCAACGCGCCCACCGCCAAGAACAAGGGCAGCGAGAUGGAGAGCGUGAAGGAGUUUCUCAUGAAAGCCAAAGAAGAUUUUCUGAAGAAAUGGGAAAAUCCAGCACAGAACACUGCCUCUCUGGAACAGUUCGAGAGGCUAAAGACGCUGGGUACAGGCUCCUUCGGGCGAGUCAUGCUGGUCAAGCACAGAGAAACGGGACAGCACUUCGCCAUGAAGAUCCUUGACAAACAAAAGGUGGUGAAGCUGAAACAGAUAGAACACACGCUGAAUGAGAAACGCAUCCUGCAGGCUGUUAGCUUCCCGUUCCUCGUCCGGCUGGAGCACUCCUUCAAGGACAACACUAACCUGUACAUGGUAAUGGAGUACGUUCCAGGAGGUGAGAUGUUCUCUCACCUGAGGAGAAUCGGCAGGUUCAGUGAGCCUCACGGCUUCUAUGCUGCUCAGAUAGUCCUGACCUUCGAAUACCUUCACUCGCUCGACCUCAUUUACCGAGAUCUUAAGCCUGAGAACCUGCUCAUCGACCAGCAGGGCUAUAUACAGGUGACGGAUUUUGGCUUCGCCAAGCGUGUAAAGGGCCGGACCUGGACGCUGUGCGGCACUCCAGAGUACCUGGCUCCUGAAAUUAUCCUCAGUAAAGGCUACAAUAGAGCGGUGGACUGGUGGGCUCUGGGCGUGCUGAUUUACGAGAUGGCUGCCGGAUAUCCCCCGUUCUUCGCCGACCAGCCCAUUCAGAUCUACGAGAAGAUCGUCUCGGGAAAGGUGCGCUUCCCUUCUCACUUCAGCUCGGACCUGAAGGACAUGCUGAGGAACCUCCUCCAGGUGGACCUGACCAAGCGCUUCGGCAACCUCAAAAAUGGCGUCAACGACAUCAAAGGCCACAAGUGGUUCGCCACCACGGACUGGAUCGCCAUUUAUCAGAGGAAGGUUGAAGCCCCCUUUAUCCCGAAGUGCAAAGGUCCGGGCGACACCAGCAACUUCGACGACUAUGAGGAAGAGGAAAUCCGGGUGUCCUUCACGGAGAAAUGCGGAAAAGAGUUCGCAGAGUUCUAGAGUCGGCCUGGAGAGGUGGAAGCUGGGAGGGAGGGAGCGACGGAGCGAUACGGACGGUGGAGACAGGGCGGGAGAGAGGGGGAGAAUUGAGUGAGAGGAGGAGAGAGAGAGAGAGAUGAUGAUGAGGAUGAACUGAAGUUGAGUUUCUAAUCAGUAAACAGUGAGAACAGCAACAAUGUAGAGCCCCCCCUCCCUCCAUCCCCAUUCUGUACACACACACACACACACACACACACACACACACAUUGCGAAGAGGGGGUUUACUAUAAAAUUGUCCCAAGAAAGCCAGCAGUGUUGCCUUUCAAGAUCGUUUAUCAUUUCUUCUUAGAGUUAAUUAUAAUUAUAUAUUUAUCCUUUUUUUUUUUUUUUUUUUUUAUCUCGUAGCGAAAUUCAUCGUUUCUUUAUGCUUUCUCUCACACACACACACACACACACACACACACACACAGCUUCGUCUCUGGUACCGUGUCCAACAUAACUGCAGCUCAGCAUUUUUUAUUUUAUUUUUUAUUGCUUCUCUCUCUCUCUCUCUCUCUCUCUCUCUCUCUCUCUCACUCUUUCUCUCACACACUUUCAUCUGUUUUUUGUUUUUUUGUUUCCCUAUGUUGAAUUUUUUUUUUAUUGUUGUAUUUAUUUAUUUUUCUCCAUCUUUCCAUCCCAGAUCUGUCCAUGCAAUACCAGCAAACAUUUGUUUUAUUGGAGAGGAGGGGAGCCAAUACUUUUACCCCCUUUAAAUGUGGAAAUCAUCACAAAACACUUAUUCGGGAAGCGCUCGUACUUCCUGUUUGUCCACGUUUGCUUUUAUUAGGGUUUUUUUUUCCUGAAACGAGGGGUGAAGCUGCACCGGGUUUCGAUUCGAACGGCACGAACGUGUCAAAACUUCGGCGUUGGACGUUUCUUUUUUUAAGUCGUCGGUGGUUUUAGAGUUUGGAUGAAUUCCUUUUCGACUGGAAACUUUGAAAACCCUGAACUCCGAAAACAAGCCAACUUUCUGAAAGGUGACAGGCGUACGUAAAAGGGGGCGGGGCUUCACUCAACGACGGGUAAACCUGUUGCUAGGCAACAUCACGUGCUUAGCGAAUAACGGAACCGAAGGGAACCGGAUGAUGUUCCUCCCACCGAGUUACGGUCCGCUUCCGUGUGACGUAUCGCAGACUCUCGUUAUUCAAAGAACCUGAAGAACAAGUGCGUGUUUUCAUUUUCGUUUCAUGAGCUGCAGCUUUCUUUCCAUCUUCCACUUUUUGAAGGUCUUCAGGCUGCGUGCAUGUGUGUGUGUGUGUGUGUGUGUGUGUGUGUGUGUGUGUGUGUCUCUCCUGGAGGACCUUUUGGAGGACCUUUAUCAUCCUGCGCUUCGUCUUUCACUCUUUGUCGGAAGAGAAACGGUCCUCGUCCCGAUCCGUCAUUCUGUAGGAUUUGGAGAAGAUCGGCUCGUUUAGCUCUUCGCUCUAAGCUUCUUCGAUCUCAGUCUUUUCAGACAGUUCGGAUGCUCAUUCUGUUGUUUACGAUAGAAAACAAGCCGCACAAAUAAAGGGCCCGGGAGGACGUUUGAAAAGAAGCCGGUGCGCUUUCCUGCCUCGUAUGUGCCGUACUGGAGGUUUAGUUCUCCCAGGAUGCUGGUAGAACGUGUGUGUGUUGGGCGUGGCUACAGGGAUACGGUCUGAGAAGGAUAUACGUGAAGAAAAAUUGCGGAAUAGACGACAGGACAUAGCUUGGGUCAAUGUCAGGGUCGGUCCGUUAUCAUGAUAUGUGGAAAAGAUGGUUCUGAUAAAUCCAGGUGGUGCUUCUGCAUAAUUGAUGAUAAAAGCGUCCCACACACACACACACACACACACACACACAGCAACCAAAGAUCUACAAAAAAAAACACUCAGACGCACCACGAGUGAGGACAUAAAUAAUGUAGGGUUCUCCCGUCAUGCGCUCCGUAUUCUCCUCCGUCCUCCUCCAUCCUCCUCUCCUUCAGUUAUAUCAUCAUCCAGCUUCUCCUGCAGGACAUUCACACGUCCGUUCACCUGCGUACGCGUCCACGUCCCCCGCACUCUUUAUCAUCUCCUCGUUUUCAAAAUCACAGCCAGGAAAAGAAUCACGCCCACAAACUCCACCAUCAUGAGUGAUCUUUUUAUUUGUUUUUGAUUUCGCUCAUAUUUUUCUCUGUGUCUUUUUCAAUAACGAGAAACUUUUGUCCUUCCAACGCUGGUGAUGGUGUGGUCUAAUCGUACCUCCUUUUUUUUUUUUUCUUUUUCUUUUCCACGGGAAACAAUACUGUAUAUUCUGCCUUUAACAGUCUUAAUUAUUUUACCUUCUGGAGAACUUGAUGGAGAGAAAAAAAAUAUCCCUGUAAGACACAUGGAGUAUGUUUAAAAAAAUAUAUAUAUAUAAAUAAAUAAAAAAAAAAUACACAGAA